CCUGGGAAAGCAGUAGAGGAUGGCCCAAAGCCUCGGUACCCUGUGCUUGUCUGGGGAACCUGGAAACUCCUAACUCCAAAAAUUAGACUGGCCCAGUUGUGGCAGUAGCAGCCAUUGGGAGACUGAUUCAAUGGAUGAAAGAUCUCUCUGUCUAAUGUUCAAGUAAAAUAGAUAAAUCUAAAAUUAUUAUGGGCCAUGUAUUAUGCUGGUUUUUCCACAGGUAUACUUAUCUCCAGGCUCAUCAAUUCGUAUACAAAAUUUGUACAGCUUUUUUAUGUUAACUAUUCUUUAGUAAAGUUGUUUAUUUUAAAAAUUACCCCGAGUUAAUAAGCAUAAAGCGGGACUAUCUUUAGCAAGCAGGAAUGUGUGGAUCCGCUUCACAUUAUAUGGUAAAUAAAGUGCUUACAAAGUACCAAAGAUUUAUUUAGCAUAUAAAAUCUUAUAAGUAUAUUUGAAAUAUUAACACCAAAUACAUAUUAGAAGUAGCAUAUUCAAAUACUGAAACUUUAAUUAAUGAGUGAUAGGCAGUAAUAUUGUUGCUAUUGUAAGGACUGAAGCGUAACUAUCAUUUUAGCCUAACGAAUACAAGAAGUGUAUAGACAGAACCCUCAUUUUGACCCCCCAAAAAUUUAUUUUCAAGUUGGAUAGGUAUAAGAAAUCAUACCCAGAAAUGAAUUGCAAAGUGCUUGACGUGGCAGUUAAUUGGAAAUGAUUUUGUGAAGAAGUUACUCACUCAUUGAAAGAAAAAGAAGAGAGUCCUCAUCCUCUCUCCGCCUCCUCAAAUGCUCAGAACCAUUGGAGGGACUGAUGCUGAGUCUCCUCCGUGGGCAGCAGGAACCCAGUUGUUUGAGCCAGCACUGCUGCCUCCCAGGACCCGAUGAACAGGAAACCAGGAUCACGAGCCUGCGCUGACAUCAAACCAGGUAAUAAAGAAUGCUGACAGAAGAACCAGUCUCCUAAUUUCAAAUUGUUGAGCCAGUUGCCAUGAUGGAUGACCAACAGGCUUUGAACUCAAUCAUGCAAGAUUUGGCCGUCCUUCACAAAGCCAGUCGGCCAGCACUGUCACUGCAAGAAACCAGAAAGACAAAAUCUUCAUCACCAAAAAAGCAGAAUGACGUCCGAGUCAAAUUUGAACAUAGAGGAGAAAAAAGAAUUCUUCAAUUCCCCAGACCAGUUAAACUGGAAGAUCUGAGGUCUAAAGCUAAAAUUGCCUUUGGACAAUCUAUGGACCUACAUUACACCAAUAAUGAGUUAGUAAUUCCAUUAACUACACAAGAUGACUUGGACAAAGCUGUGGAACUGCUGGAUCGUAGUAUUCAUAUGAAGAGCCUCAAAAUAUUACUUGUGACAAAUGGCAAUACACAGGUUACUAAUCUAGAACCUUUGCCAUCACUAGAAGAUUUGGAUAAUACAGUAUUUGGAGCAGAAAGGAAAAAACGGCUUUCUGUAAUAGGUUCCACUAGUAGAGACAGAAGUUCCCCUCCCCCAGGAUACAUUCCAGAUGAAUUACACCAGGUUGCCCGGAACGGGUCAUUCACCAGCAUCAACAGUGAAGGCGAGUUCAUUCCAGAGAGCAUGGACCAAAUGCUGGAUCCCUUAUCCUUAAGCAGCCCUGAAAAUUCCGGCUCAGGGAGUUGUCCGUCACUUGAUAGUCCUUUGGAUGGAGAGAGCUAUCCAAAAUCCCGAAUGCCUAGGGCACAGAGCUACCCAGAUAAUCAUCAGGAAUUUUCAGAUUAUGAUAACCCCAUCUUUGAGAAAUUUGGAAAAGGAGGAACAUAUCCAAGAAGGUAUCAUAUUUCAUAUCACCACCAAGAGUAUAAUGAUGGCCGUAAAACUUUCCCCAGAGCCAGAAGGACCCAGGGGACCAGCUUCCGCUCUCCUGUGAGCUUCAGUCCUACCGACCACUCCCUAAGUACCAGCAGCGGAAGCAGUGUUUUCACUCCGGAGUAUGACGACAGCCGAGUGAGAAGAAGGGGAAGUGACAUAGAGAAUCCUACUCUGACUGUGAUGGACAUCAGCCCCCCUAGCCGUUCACCUCGAGCUCCAACCAACUGGAGAUUGGGCAAACUGCUGGGCCAAGGAGCCUUUGGCAGGGUCUACCUCUGUUACGAUGUCGACACCGGAAGAGAAUUGGCUGUUAAGCAAGUUCAGUUUGACCCUGAGAGCCCUGAGACCAGCAAGGAAGUAAAUGCACUUGAAUGUGAAAUUCAGCUGCUGAAGAACUUGCUGCAUGAGCGAAUUGUUCAAUAUUAUGGCUGUUUGAGGGACCCCCAGGAAAAAACACUUUCCAUAUUUAUGGAAUAUAUGCCAGGGGGUUCAAUUAAGGACCAAUUGAAAGCGUAUGGAGCUCUCACUGAGAAUGUGACAAGGAAAUACACCCGCCAAAUUUUAGAGGGCGUCCAUUAUUUGCACAGCAAUAUGAUUGUCCAUAGAGAUAUCAAAGGUGCAAAUAUCCUGCGAGAUUCAACGGGCAAUGUCAAACUAGGAGAUUUUGGGGCCAGCAAGCGGCUUCAGACCAUCUGUCUGUCGGGGACAGGAAUGAAGUCUGUCACGGGCACACCCUACUGGAUGAGUCCAGAAGUUAUCAGCGGGGAAGGCUACGGCAGGAAAGCAGACAUCUGGAGUGUAGCAUGUACUGUGGUAGAAAUGCUAACUGAGAAGCCACCGUGGGCUGAAUUUGAAGCAAUGGCCGCCAUCUUUAAAAUUGCAACUCAGCCAACAAACCCAAAACUGCCACCUCACGUCUCAGACUACACUCGAGAUUUCCUCAAACGGAUUUUUGUAGAGGCCAAACUGAGACCUUCCGCAGACGAGCUCCUCAGGCACAUGUUUGUGCAUUAUCACUAGCAGCCGGUAACCUUCCCUGUGCCUCUGCCCAGCUCCGCGUGUUCAUGCACCUCUCUCUGACUGCACUUUGCUCUUGGAUACUCAAGAGAGAUGGGGAGAAAAAAGACAAGAGGGAAAGUAUUUCUCUUGAUUCUCGGUUAAAUUUGUUUAAUAAUAAUAAUAAUAAUAGUAACCUAAAUUUUUUAUAUUUAAUCUUUUUUUUUUUUCCUUACAAGAACUUGAAAUUUCCUUUUUUGUGUGUGUUUGGUUUUUAAUUUUUAUAAUGUACUGAUGUGGUUCCGAGAGAUAAAGCACUUUAGUACAUAGUCACUCUUUUUAGUGUCAACAGAUCAUUUGGAAUACGUAAAGACUGUAGUCUCUCCCUGUGUCACGGACAUCUUGGUGAUGAAGAGACGUGGGAAAUGAAGAGAAGAAAAUAACGUGUAAUGUGUAGUUUUUAGUCCUAGUAUUUAAAAUAGAUCCUCAUUUGUAGGGUUGGGCCCUAAAACUAGCCUUUAGGGAAGGUACUCAACUUCAAGAAUAUAGGUUUCUUCUUGUAUCUGUAUUCUUUAGAUCCUAACCUCCGUCUACCAAGCUUUUUGCUCAGUAGGAACCUUGAUAGGAGAUAAGAAUCUCUAAGAGGUAUGUUUAUUUGUUACUCUUAACCAGUAUAAUCAGCAAAUAUACUCUAGUAGAUCCAUGGUACUGGAAUUUAUAAACCUGGAGGGAAAGCUUUCUGCUUCAAAGGAUAUAAUCUUGAAGAAAUGUGGGAAUUCAGCAAACAACAAAUUCAAAUAAAUGACAGGUGGAGUGCGCGUGCGUUAAAUGUGUAACCAUCAGAUGAGGUCAUGUUUACCAUUCAACAGAAAUGAUGAAGGGAAAAAGAAGUAAAUGUGGUCGGUAUAUUUCAUGUGGUCUUUACUUGAAGAGGAAAGUCCCGGAAUUCAGGAAAUGGAGAAAUAACAACAGCCAUGUAUACGAUCUUUGUAUUUCUAGUCCCUGAUUCCCCGUAGAUAGCAUUGUUUAGA